AUUCUUGGGUUUUAAUAAAGGGACAAGAUAAGAGACAUAGGCUAUAGUUUGAGUUCUUUAGCGGGGCUGAUGACAUAGAAAGACGCUUAUAAGAAUCACAGCUCUAAUCAGCGUUACAUACUUAAUCUAACAAGUAUGAGGCAAGUGUGGAUCAUCGGUCUCCUUUGUGCUCUUAUUGCGUUUUCGUCCGUCAGGGCGGACGACGACGUGGACGUGGACGCGACCGUGGAGGAGGACCUGGGGAAGAGCAGAGACGGGUCCAGAACCGAUGAUGAGGUGGUGCAGAGGGAGGAAGAGGCGAUCCAGCUGGACGGACUGAGCGCGGCGCAGGUGAAGGAAAUCCGGGAGAAGGCGGAGAAGCACGUCUUCCAGGCCGAGGUCAACAGGAUGAUGAAGCUGAUCAUCAACUCCCUGUACAAGAACAAGGAGAUCUUCCUGAGGGAGCUGAUCUCGAACGCUUCUGAUGCCCUGGAUAAGAUUCGGCUGAUGUCACUGACCAAUGAUGAUGCGCUUGCCGGGAACGAGGAGUUGACUGUCAAAAUCAAGUCCGAUAAGGAUAAGAACAUGCUGCACAUCACCGACACGGGCAUCGGCAUGACCAAGGAGGACCUGGUGAAGAACCUGGGCACCAUCGCCAAGUCGGGCACCAGCGAGUUCCUCAGCAAGAUGACGGAGAUGCAGACGGAGGGCCAGUCGACCUCCGAGCUGAUUGGCCAGUUCGGCGUGGGCUUCUACUCGGCCUUCCUGGUGGCCGACAAGGUCAUCGUCACGUCCAAGCACAACAACGGCACCCAGCACAUCUGGGAGUCGGACUCCAACGAGUUCUCCGUGAUCGAGGACCCGCGCGGGGACACACUGGGCAGAGGCACCACCAUCACGCUGGUGAUGAAGGAGGAAGCGACUGAUUACCUGGAGCUGGAGACCAUUAAGAACCUGGUGAGGAAGUACUCGCAGUUCAUCAACUUCCCCAUCUACGUGUGGAGUAGCAAGACGGAGACCGUGGAGGAGCCCCUGGACGAGGAGGAGGAGCCGGAGAAGGAGGAGGCCGCGGAGGAAGAGGCCGAGGUGGAGGAGGAAGAGAAGGAGGACAAACCCAAGACCAAGAAGGUGGAGAAGACCGUGUGGGACUGGGAGCUGAUGAACGACAUUAAGCCCAUCUGGCAGAGGCCCGCCAAGGAGGUGGAGGAGGACGAGUACAAGGCCUUCUACAAGACCUUCUCCCGGGACUCUGAUGACCCCAUCUCUCACAUCCACUUCACCGCCGAGGGGGAGGUCACUUUCAAGUCCAUCCUCUUUGUCCCUGCCUCCGCCCCCCGCGGGCUGUUCGACGAAUACGGCUCCAAGAAGAACGACUUCAUCAAGCUGUUUGUGCGGAGAGUUUUCAUCACCGACGAUUUCCAUGACAUGAUGCCCAAGUACCUGAACUUCGUCAAGGGCGUGGUUGAUUCAGACGACCUGCCCUUGAAUGUGUCCAGAGAGACUUUGCAGCAACACAAACUGCUCAAGGUCAUCCGCAAGAAGCUGGUGCGCAAGACCCUGGACAUGAUCAAGAAGAUCGCCGAGGAGCACUACAACGACAAGUUCUGGAAGGAGUUUGGCACCAACAUCAAGCUGGGCGUGAUCGAGGACCACUCCAACAGGACGCGUCUGGCCAAGCUGCUGCGCUUCCACACGUCGCACAGCGACACGGUGGUCUCCAGCCUGGAGCAGUACGUGGAGAGGAUGAAGGAGAAGCAGGAUAAGAUCUACUUCAUGGCCGGAACCAACAGGAAGGAGGCGGAGUCCUCUCCCUUCGUGGAGAAGCUGCUGAAGAAGGGCUACGAGGUGAUCUACCUGACCGAGCCCGUGGACGAGUACUGCAUCCAGGCCCUGCCCGAGUUCGACGGCAAGCGCUUCCAGAACGUGGCCAAGGAGGGCAUCAAGUUCGACGAGAGCGAGAAGGCCAAGGAGCGGCGGGAGGCCCUGGAGAAGGAGUACGAGCCGCUCACCGCCUGGAUGAAGGACAAGUCCCUGAAAGACAUGAUUGAGAAGGCUGUGCUGUCCCAGAGGCUGACUAAUUCUCCCUGCGCCCUGGUGGCCAGCCAGUACGGGUGGUCCGGAAACAUGGAGAGGAUCAUGAAGGCGCAAGCCUACCAGACAGGAAAGGACAUUUCCACAAACUACUAUGCGAGUCAGAAGAAGACCUUGGAAAUCAACCCCAAACACCCUCUUAUCAAGGAGAUGCUGAAGCGGGUCCAGACUGACCCUGAGGACCAGACUGCCUCUGACCUGGCGGUGGUGCUGUUUGAGACGGCCACCCUGCGGUCGGGGUACCAGCUGGCCGACACCAAGCUGUACGGGGACCGGAUCGAGCGCAUGCUGAGGCUCAGCCUGAACGUGGACGUGGAUGCGCAGGUGGAGGAGGAGCCAGAGGAGGAGCCGGAGGAGGAGCCAGAAGAACCAGCAGAGGAAGAUGAGGUUGAUGAAGAAGAGGUCAAAGCUGAGGAGGAUGAGGAAGAAACGGUUACCACAGAGCGAGACGAGCUGUAAAACCGGUCGGUGGCUAGCGGGAGGGACAGGGGAGCAGGACUGAAUCCACAGAGCCAACCAUCACCCCCGAGCGGCUGGGACUGGAACCCGGGAGCCAAUCGUCAACCUGCAGAGGGGCGGGAACUGUAACCUGGCAGCCAAUCACCCUGCCCAGCGGCAGCCGUGGAGCCGAGGAGCCAAUCAACACUUAAGGGGGGGGGUGGGGCUGUGGGGAUCUUACCUGGGAUUGGGGGGUUUUUUUUAAGAGGCGCCUUUUCUUUUUUUGUUACAUUCCUCAUGAUUGUAAAUUUGUUAAUAUUUAACUGAUCUGAAUUAUGGAGUGCUAUCAUCCUGUCGCGUGAACCAUUAAAUGUUUCCGGAAAGGGAUGGUUUGGCAAGUUAUUUUCGCUGCCUUUUGUUGGACUCAUGGUAUCCUCGCUGGGACGUUAUGGCUGAGGAGAUUCCUCCUGGCUUUAACGCUGCAGUGAUGCCACACAGACUACUUUCCUCCAUAUUCUUGUGCCAGCUCAAUCAACAGUGCCAGCUUCUUCAUUUUGGCACUGGCAUUGACGGGGCGGCCUGUAGCGUAGUAGUUAAGGUACAUGACUGGGACCCGUAAGGUCGGUGGUUCUAAUCCGGGUGUAGCCACAGUAAGAUCCGCACAGCCGUUGGACCCUUGAGCAAGGCCCUUAACCCUGCAUUGCUCCAGGGGAGGAUUGUCUCCUGCUUAGUCUAAUCAACUGUACGUCGCUCUGGAUAAGAGCGUCUGCCAAAUGCCAUUAAUGCAAUGUAAUGUAAUGUAAUUGAAGUCCUAAUUCGGCAUGAACCCCUUGCGUGCAUUGGAAAGUGGGUAUGGUGCAGAAUGUUAUUCAUUGUAAACUUGCAACAUGAUUAUCUUGGCCAGUCAAGUUGUCAGUUUUCAUGGCUAGAAUCUGAGAAACCAAAUAAAAUUUAAAAAAGCACAACAAA